AUGGUCCAACGCAAGCUCCAAGUGGCCGUCUCCGGCCUCGGCCGCAUGGGCGCCCGUCACGCCCUCCACUUCCUCAACCUGACCCCCCGCGCCGAGCUCGUCGCAGCAUUUACACCAGAGCCGAGUGAAGUAGCCUGGGGCCGCCAACACCUCGAGCCCUCGGGCUGCACAAUCUACACCGACUACGACGAGAUGCUGAAGCACCCUGGGCUCGAAGCUGUCGUCGUCGCGACCGCCACCACCGUGCACGCUGAGCAAUCCAUCAAGGCCAUCAAAGCCGAUCUGCACGUCCUGUGCGAGAAGCCGCUGUCCACGAGCGUCGAGAUGUCCCAAGCCGUUGUCGACGCCGCAAAAGCCAAACCGCACCUCAAAGUCCUCUGCGGCUUCUCGCGGCGCUUCGACACCUCCUACCGCGAAGCCUGGGAGCGCAUGGACAGCGGCUCAAUCGGGCGCCCGGCAAUCUUCCGCUCCCAGACGUGCGACAAGCUGGACCCGUCCGGCUUCUUCGUCGACUACGCCCAGUACUCCGGCGGCAUAUUCGUCGACUGCAACAUCCACGACAUCGACCUCGCGCUGUGGUAUUUCGGGCAGGACAGCGUGGUCAAGAGCGUCAUGGCUGUUGGCAUCACGGCCGUGCAGCCCGAGCUACGCAAGCACAAGGAUGUGGAUAAUGGGGUCGGCGUUGUCGAGUUCUGGGGCGGGAAGAUUGCGUAUUUUUACAGCAGCAGGAUGAUGGCCGCGGGCCAGCAUGACAUGACGGAGAUUAUUGGGACGGAGGGGAAGCUGAGUGUUAACGCGAACCCGAUGGGGAGCUUGGUUGAGAUGUCCGAGGCGUCAGGGAUUAGGAGGGAGAUCCCGCCGCAUUAUUAUGGGAGGUUUAGGGAGGCGUUUGUGACGGAGGCGAACGAGUUCACGGCGGCGUGUUUGGAUGAUACCAAGUUGCCGUUUAAGCUCAGUGGCGCGGUGCAGGCGGUCAAGAUUGGGUGCGCGCUGCAGGAGAGUCUGAAUUCGGGGAGGAAGAUUUAUUUUGAUGAGACAGGACGCAGGGUUGAGAAGGCAGGAUUGUAG